GCGCCCCCCACGUGUGUCCCCGGCCCGCCCCCGACAUGAGGCUGAUGUGGGGAAGGGGCUGACCCCCGCGCCGUGCCCCCCACGUCCCUGCAUCGCCAUGGCCUCCCAGCCGCAGCCCCUGCACCCCGCCGUGCCCUGCACGUCCCCUGCUGGCACUGCGGGGGCCGGGCUGGCCGGCAGCCCCGAUAAAGGCAGCGUGCGCCCCAAGCCACCAGUGCGGCCCAAGCCCCGCGUGCUGCCCAAGCCGGCCGUGCCUGCCAAGCCCCCGGUGCCACCCCCCACGCCGGGCCCGCGGCACCCCCGGCCCGAGCUGCCCUCGGCCGAGAAGAUGAACCGCCUGGCCGGGCCCCAGCCCUACAGUGGCGCAGGCGCGGGGGGGCCCCUCCGGCGCCCCUCCUUCACUGUCAGAUCGCCUGAGACCCCCAAUGGGAAGGGGCUCUCGUCACCCGUGGUCACAGGCGCCGAGGAGGAGGUGCCCCCGGCCCCGCCAACCCCGUCGCGCAAGGGCCCGGCGCCCUUCAAGGUGACGCCAGUGCCGGUGGCUGCCAGGCCGGAGCGGUUCCCAGGCACCACCGUGGAGGAGAUCCUGGCCAAGAUGGACAGCAGGGAGGGCCCAGGAAGCCCAGACCGGGCCUGGCUCUCGCCUUUCUGCACCGACCCCUCCUCCCGCUUCGGCUCCAAGACCUUUUCUGCCUUCCGGAAGCGUCCCAGCGAGGAGGCAGAUGGAGACCCUGCCAGUGAAGCCCCCCAGAUGCCCCGACCUGUGGCAGGCGAGCUGGGAAUGGGGGAUGAUAGACACCCUGUGUCUGAGAUGAGCAGCUCCCCCCCAGCUGGGCCGAGCUGUGCUGGGGACCCCCACGGACGCCGGAGGCCACCAUCCCCUCCUGACCUUUCUACUCUACAGCUGGGUGCCCUCGGACCUCCAGGCUCCCCAAGGCCACCCACCUGCCCAGCCCCAGCCCCAGGAGCUCCUUUCCAGCCUGCUGAGCCCUCUGCCCCAGCCCCUGGCUCCCCUGAUGCCCCCACUGAGCUCCUGGGCCCUGACUCCCCUACACUUCCCCCUGGCUCCCCAGAAUCCCCCACUAGGCCUCCAGUCGAGGUCCCCGUCACUUCCAUCCAGGCCCCGGGCGCUCCCUUGGCCACCAAACCGCAGCUCAGUGUCUCCCAUUCCCCCGGCUCCCCACACACUCCAGGGGAGGGAUCCCCUGGCACUGCCAGCCCCCCUGGCACUCCUGAACUGCCCCCACGAGUCACCUGCCCCCCCGGCUCUCCCGGGGCUGCUGCCGAGUACCUGGGCCCCCCCAGCCCACCCCUUGCCAAAGCCUCUCGUCCCCCAGGCUCCCCAGAGGGACCUGAUGACUCUGCAGUGUCCCCACAGUCCUAUCAGGGUCCUGAUUUCAAUCCCCCUCCUCGGGAUGUGGGGCUCCGGCGCUCCUCAGAGGGGGUGCUGCGGCCCCCACCCACGGGGCAGGGCCUGGGGGAGCUGGGGGGCUCACUGAGUGCCCUGCCCCGGCCUGGAGACCUCCUGUCAGAGCCCUCCCUGGGCAGCGAGUCCGCCUGGAGCCUUUCCCAGUCCUUUGAAUGGACAUUCCCGUCGUGGGGGGCACGCUUGCCAGCCUUCCCUCCCCGCUCCCCCAUCCGGGAGACACCUGACUCAGGGCUCUCUGAAGAGGGGGAGUCAGAUGGGGAGGCUGUGGCCCCCAGCCCUCCAAAGGACAGCAGGUCUGAAGGGCCUGACAGCCAGCAGGCAGAGGGGGCUCCAUGCCCAGGGGGUCCCGUGGCCCAGCGAGAGGCUGAGGGCUCGGCAGAGGAGGAGGAGGAGGAAAGAGAGGCAGAGCAGGAUGCUCCCAUGUCCCACUCCCCACUUCACGUGACAAAGCCUGAACAGGACCCAGCUGAGCCUGAGUCCUCGGCCCAGCCCAGCCUCACCACAGCUGCCCCCCUGGAUCCAGCCCCCCCAGAUCCAGCUGCUCCAGCUGACUCAGCCUGGGCAGGUGAUGGCCCCAGGAGCCUGCAGGGUCCUGGGGGCCCAGGCCAGGCUGAAGGACCCUCGCAGGACCCUGACCCCCACGCUGACCCAGGCUGGCUGACAGAGCUGUUGGCGUCACCCGGGGUCCACGGCUCUCCAGAGAACCUGCUGGGCUGGUCACGGAAGGACCUGUGCAGUGAGUUUGGCAUUGGCCACCCUCGCCGGGACAGCACCUUUGACUGGAGCCACCCAGGUGUGUCCAGGGAGAGAGACUGGCCUGUUGAGACUAAGCAGGAGCAGGAAUUCGGGACCAAAUCCAGCUGGGACAGCACCCACAGCAAAAAGGACGGCACUGCCCAGGAGAGCUGGAGUGGUGACUACAGAGCAACGGAGCUGAUGGGGGACACAAAACUGGGCUGCAGCGACUGGUCCCCAUCCCUUGGCACUGGGAAGAGCUGCCCACAGGAUCCAGACUUCAGUGCCAGCACAGCCAAGUGGGGCCAGGGCUAUGGCAGCACAGAGGAGCUUGGCUCCGGACAGGCCAGCUGGGGCAGUGGCCUCAGCACAGGACAUGUCGGGCAGCUGGACAAGGAGCCACACUCCGGGCAGCCUACCUGGGCAGGCAGGUACAGCAGCGGGGACAUGGAGAUGAAGGACAGGGAGCUCACCCCAGACUGGGCCAGGAAAUACAGCACCCAGGAUGCUGGGAACAAGGAUGAGAAUUUAACACUGGGCUGGGCUGGCAGAUCCAGCACUGGGGAUGCUGGGAGCCCAGAUAAGGAGCACAGCCCCAGCCGGCCAGCCUGGGACAGGAGGUAUAACCCCGGGGACAUGGAGAGCCAGGACCAGGAGUUCAGCCCCAGCAGGCCAGCCUGGGGUGACAGAUACAGCACCAAGGACAUGGAGAGCCAGGACCGGGAAUUCAGCCCCAGCAGGCCGGCCUGGGAUGACAGAUCAAGCACCAAGGACAUGGAGAGCCAGGACCAGGAGUUCAGCCCCGGCAGGCCAGCCUGGUGUGACAGAUCCAGUGCCAGGGAUUUGGAAAGUCAGGACCGGGAAUUCAGCCCCAGCAGGCCAGCCUGGGAUGACAGAUCAAGCACCAAGGACAUGGAGAGCCAGGACCAGGAGUUCAGCCCCAGCAGGCCAGCCUGGGGUGACAGAUCCAGCGCCAGGGAUUUGGAAAGUCAGGACCAGGAAUUCAGCCCCAGCAGGCUGGCCUGGGAUGACAGAUCGAGCAUCAGGGAUACAGAGAGCCAGGACCAGGAGUUCAGCCCCAGCAGGCUGGCUGAAGCCAGUGAAUGCAGCACCAGGGACCUGGAGAACCAGGAUGAGUUCAGUCCCAGUGGAGCAGCCUGGGGUGACAGAUCCAGCAGCAGGGACCUGGAGACCCAGGACAGUGAAUUCACAUCCAGCAGGCCAGCCAGGGAUGGCAGACACAGCACCAGGGACACAGAGACCCAGAAUGAGGAAUUGUUCAGUGCCAGCGGAGGUGUCUGGGAUGACAGAUCCAGCACCAGGGAUAUGGAGGCCCAGGACAGAGAGUUGAGCCCCAGUGGAGCAGCGUGGUAUGGGCAGCACAGCUCUGUGAUUCCCAGGGAGGAAGAGCAGGAGCUGAUCCCAGCCCGGCUGAGCUGGCCCGCUGUGGGUAGUGUCGGGCAGACAGGACUGAUCAGGAUUGGUGAGGAGGACAUGCCCAGCUCCCAUUGCCCCGAUCCCCCAGCCCAGGAGCCCACCUGGGGCAGUGCUCACCAGCCAGAGCAUGACAGCUCCAGCAGCAGGGACUGGGCUGAGGAGCUUGGAGCAGCCGAGUGCCAGAACCAGUUUGGUGUCAUUGGGACAGAGCAGGUGCCAGACCCCUGCAGUGCUGGAGCCUCGGAUGGCUCCAUGUCCAGGGUCCUGCCACAGCCCCAGGCAGGUUUGCACAGGGAUCUCUCUCUGGACAUGGGCAAUGCCCGCUGGAGCCAGGACCUGGACAGCUGGAGUGUGGAGCCACAGGAUGCUGAGGCCAGUCGCCAGGAGUGGGCGAGCGCCUUCAGUGCCCGCUGUGCUGCCCGCAGCCGGGACCUUGGUGUGGGGGAGCGGAGCCUGGGAGGAGACACGCACACAGAGCAUGGCAGGUUGGCCCCCAGCCCUUUGAUGGGUGACAUUCCAGGUGAUCCUCCAUCUGUGGAGCCCCCCCGGAGUGAGUCACCCAGCCCCUCUGAGGAGGAAAGGGAUCCUUCUAAGCCAGCCACUGCCCCACAGAGCCCCAGGGCUCCCCCUCUGCUGCCAGAGGCUGUCAGUGGGAUCCCAGUGGACACAGGAAGUGAGGAACAGCCCUCAGACCACCCAGAUGGGGAGAGCUCCUUGAGGCUGGGGGAGCAGCAGCUCUCUCUGGCUGCCCCCGAGGCCGAGGGGUCCAUGGAGCAGGGGCAGGAAUUUCCUCUUCUGGAGGACACAGAACUCCUGGACAGCAGUGUGUUUCGCUGCAAGGCCAGCCUGGGCCGCAAGCGCCAGCACCGGGCGCCAUCCCUGCGUCCCACCGCCACUGAGGGGGAGAGCUGGAUCUUCCGAGACUCCACGGAGCCCCGGCCAGCCCUGGCAGUGUCCUCCGAUGAGGAGGCAGCAGAGGAGCCCCGGAGCCGGCGGAUGCGCGGCUCACCCUCGGGCAAGGGGGUCAAGGUGCCUCUCUUUCCUGGCCUCAGCGCCUCUGCCAUCAAGGCUAAGCUGAGGGGUCGCAACCGCUCGGCUGAAGAGGGAACAUCAUCAGGGGACAGCAAGGGUACCCCUCCUAAAGACCCCCAUGUGCAGCGCUCUAAGUCCUGCAAGAUCCCUGGUGUGAAACCCCCGACCCUGCCUCCCAAGCCAGAGAAAUCCUCAGGAUCUGAGGCCUCUGCCCCAAACUGGCUGCAAGUGCUGAAGCUGAAAAGGAAGAAGCCUUGAGUGGGGCUCGCUCCCCGAUGCUGACAGACCACUGUCCCCGGACCAGGGCUGUCCCCUACCAUGGGGACACACACACACACCUACCUAUGCACUUUGUACAAGCUCGCAGGGUCCCUGUCUUCCCAACACCUCCUCCUCAUCCCCCCAAUGUACCCCAUCCCCUUAGUCCCCAGGGGGCUGGGGGUGGGCACGAGCCUCCCCCUUCCCCUCCCCCCUGCUCGUGUAUGGCCCUGGACACAGGGCGAUGAGUCCGGCUCAUGGUGCCGCUGCCACAGACAAUAAAACCUCGCUGGUCAGUUCA